AUGAUUUUUCAGGUGACCGUGCUAGGAAAGUGCAAGACAGCUUACACUAUCAUCAACGAGAAGCCGUAUUACAAAGUGAAACGAGUCGUCGACCUUACCAACUGUGCAGACAAACCACGGGUUUGUCAAUUCAGUUUACCCAACACAGAUGCCUUUUACCAAAAGCGAGUGGUAAGUGAUACGUUUCUCUUAUAGCCAGGUAGAAAAAGUGUCGGACCACUGGACCAUUGGUCCCAGAAAUGUUUUGAGUUCCCAGAAAUUAUUUUCCCAAGAAAGAAAAAUUGUACUAAUUUAGAUAAAAGGAGAAAUUCAGAGGAAAAUUCACACCAUGCAGAUUAUUAAGGUCAUCAAGUUUAGAUUGGUGUCAGAUUAAGAUUAGAUUAGGGUUAGAUUAGGGACGGGUCAUUAUUUAUGGCAGGGGGUGGCACCGAAGAGAAAAGGGUUGGGUAAACAAAAUUUUGAGCAAGUAAAAGGUUGGGUAAAUGAAAAACAAAACAACUCAAGGGUUUGGUAAUCAAAAAAUUUAUUGUCAUUUCCAAAGCAUGACUCACUGAAAUAUUGGAGACUGAAAAGCAAUGUCAACAGUCAUAUGUCAAUACAAUAUGUGAAUCACUAUCUCGGAUCAUUUUCCGAUUUGUGAACUCAUGUCACAGAAAUGAUAAAGGACAUGUGUGACAACUGAAUGGUAUUCUUUUGUAAAGUUUUUGGCCAGAGGUGGGUAUUUAUUUUUUAAUUGAUAUUUGAGGUUGGGUAAUCAAAUUUUUUGCCACAAAAAACAUUUCUCUUCGGUGCCAUCCCCCCCCAUAAAUAAUGUCCGGUCCCUUAAGAUUAUAUUAGGGUUAGGGGUUAGAGUUGGGGUUAGAUUAGUGUUAGGUUCAUCUAUCCAAUUUUACAAUUUACAAUUUUAUUAAAAUAAAAGAAAUACAAAAGGAAAUUUUAAAUAACCCACCCGAGAGCAAUCUCGUACCCAGAGCAAUGCCUGUGCGCGGGCUAGGAAGGCAUUGGCUCUGGGGAAAUUGACAACCGGAACCCCUAAAUUUAGGGGUUCCGGUUCUUUGUCGGCAUGCACUAUUGAUAAACGUUAACCAAUCACAGCACAGGAAAAAUUCAAUUUCCCCAGAGCCAAUGCCUUUCUUACCUGCGCUCAGGCAUUGCUCUGGGUACGAGAUUGACCCGAGAGAAAACCCACGAUUUUCGGCAGAGCGUUGACUCUUUUCACAUGAGUCCAUAGCGAGAAUCGAACCCACGUACUCAGAGGUGGAAGGCGCUUGUUCUCAUGACUGCGCCACCGAAGCCCGCUGUCAAAGAUGCAUUUCAACAAAUUCAAGAAAAAGUUGACUAAUAUUUUUAUACUUUUUCGCAACAUAGGGACGUGGAACAGCAAAGGUGUUACCAAACUUUGUACGAAAUGCCGCAUACAUGCAUUACGAUCUCGACGGUGAUGCAACCAAGGGAUUUAUAAUCCGUAAAGUGGUCAGUGAACAUGUUGCCGAAAUGACAUUGAAUGGAGAUCAGUACCAGGCUGGCAAGGCUGUUGCAGCUCAUUCAAAGUAAAGCCCUUCAUUCCUAUUGCUCAGACUCUAUAACGAGUUCUGAUUGGGUAGGCCAUGUACAACGUUCGUAACGAUUGGCUCCUGCUACAAGCAGGCGUUGGCUUGAAUUAGCCUUUCUCACGCCGCCAUUUUUGCGUGGCAUUUCAGUCGAAGUCUGCGAGAUAAGUCCACAUAACAGCGACUUUUUAUAAUUUUUUGGACGAAUGAUGGUAAAUUUGCUUUGUAAAUGGUUAGUUUAUUUUGAAAAAUUGCUUUUCACAUUGUUUUAAUUGUCUGCAUUGGUUAACGAGAAUUGGAUGCCACCCAAAAGUGGCGGAUAUUCGUCAUCGUGAGAAAGGUUAAUUCCCUUGGGGAAUACCUCAGUUUGAUAAAUUUUACUAAAGUCCUCAUAUUUAUGCAAAAUCUAAUUUAUGAACUUUCUAAGGAUUGAAGAUUUUAUCUGAUAUGAAAAACAAUAAGCUUUUGGGUACUAAAAUAAGUCAAACCAAUGAGUGACUGGAUGGUUUGAAGAAUUGCUGGAUUCUCGGAACAAUGAAAAGACAGUGGACAUUCCAAUCACUGAAUCGUGACUGGAAGACUUUCAUUUGACUGUGAUUUCCAAUUUUCUUUUCUAGACAAGAGUUAACGUUGUGUGCCAAGGCCCAACCUAUCCCAGCCGGAGCAAAGGGUAAAGUUUGUAAUUCAUUAAAAACUAUAAAUUGCCAUUUCAUAUCUACUACAAAUCUAUAAUGUAGGUUUGCUUCAAGUUGGUCGUCUCAGAGGUAGUGUAUAUAGUAAUCAUUUCGAUUUUAUAAUUGAAUUUUUCCAGUGAUCAAAGUUGAACAGAAACGUGGUGGAUUGCUGUUUAUUUUUGAUCAGGAUAAGACUGAUAUUGAAUCGGCUGUUGGACAAGCAAAUUUUCUUCGACAG